AUGUCUGGACUACGAGGCAUCGCAAAAGGAGGAUGGCACCCUGGCGGCAGCAAAGACAGCAGUAGCAGCAGCAGCGGAGGAGGAAGUGGCUGGCGGGCAAAGAUCAACGACCGCAUUCCCGGAAGCACAAGCAAGUCGGAGAGAGAGCGCAUAGAGGCGCGCGCGAACCACGUCUCGCAGCCGCUGUCGUCGCUCAAAGAUCCUGCCUCUUUUGCACCUCCACCAAAACACAUCCACUAUCAUGGCCAAGCAGCAGCGGCAUCACCCAGCAGCUCUUCAAGUGCUCUCACAUCCAGCCAUGUCAGCACGCCCGCAAACACUGCCGCUACACGUGGACUGGGGGCUCCGCUGCCCAAAGAGAUGAUCCAGCACCAGCAAUACGCUCAAGCCCAAGCCCAGCAGGAAGAAGAAGAGGCCUCUCGUCCACCCCCGGGCCCUUACCGCGUCGACACAACUGGUCUAUCCACUGCCAAUCUGCCCAAGCCCCCUGUGCGACGAAACGACGCUGCCUCUCCUUCAUCCGUCUCUUCCACGCCGAGACCUCCUCCACGCCAAAUCGCUCCUUCUCCUGCUGCUGCUGCUCGCGCUCCGCUUCCUCCUCCUCGUUCCACUCCUACUCCUCCUUCUGCCGCUCCCAGACAACAGCCCGCUCUACCACCUCGAUUGCCUCCACGACAGAACUCCCACCCUGAUCUGAACUCUCCUCCACCUCCACCUGUCUAUUCUGAAGCCAUCCAGGCACCCCAACACAUACCUGCCCCGGAUCAAGGCUCCGUCAAUCGACUCGGUCGUGCAGGCGUGAGUGUUCCUGGCUUUGAUAUCGGUGCCAAACCCUCCUCGCCUGCACCCACACCACCUCAGCCAUCCCACAUGAAUGAGCUGCAAUCGCGCUUCUCCAGAAUGUCUUCCUCUGACUCGUCACAAACCCAACAACCACAAUCACAAUCAUCAAAUGGUGUCUCAUCACGUUUCGGGAAUAUGGUAUCUCAACAAGCAAGCAAUCCGCAGGUUCAAUCCCGUCUUGCCGGCCUUGCUUCUUCACCUACCGUCCGAAACCACGCAGCAAACAUUGCCUCUUCUCCAGCCGUCCAGAAACAAGCAGUUCAACACGCUGGUACCUUUGCUUCUGCAUCUGGCGCUUCUCCACAGCAGGCACAAGCUCUACAGUCAGGCUUCUCACGGGCUGCUGCUUCACCUACAGCUAUGAAUCUUGCCACUCAGCACGCUGGCACUGUUGCUUCGGCUGCUUCAUCUUUUGCUCCAAAUGCUGCUGCUGGCAAGAAACCUCCUCCGCCACCACCAAAGAAAAAGGAGCUACAGGCUGAUGCUCCGCCAAUCCCGCUUUCGAGCAAACCCAGAUUCUGA